AUGGGCAACGCACAGGGCAAUCUAACGGCAGCCGAAAGCAGCCACCUCCUCGCCUCUACCGACUUCGAUAGGGCAGAGCUGCGUCGUGUGUAUGAAAGGUUCAGCAACAAGUACUCCACCGGGUUCAUGACCCGCGACGAGUUCAUCCGCGAGAACAUGGAGCUGCAGGGCGGUAGCCCUGCCCUCUGGGAGGAGAUCUUCGACGCCUUCAACACGGAUGGUGACGACCGCAUCGACUUUAAGGGUAAACGUUCCUACCUUUUCACCCUCCAUUGGAUGAUGGCGGUGGUGCUGGUGACGAUGGUGAUGCCGGACGACGAGGAGGAGGCCUGGUGGGUGGGUGGAUGGGGUGGCGAGUACAUAAUCGGGAUAUCGAUGGUCACCAAUGGCGAAUCGCAGGACAAGCUCAAGUGGGCCUUCCAGCUCUAUGACAAGGGCACCGCAAACAAGCCCGAGAUCGAAGCAGGCGCCGAUGAGCUAUUCAGGCAACUCGACGCCAAUGGAGACGGAGAGAUCUCGUGGGAGGAAUUCAAGGCGGGGUGCGACGGGAGCCUGGAGGCGUCGGCAUGUGCCGCCUUUGCGGGAUCUCUCCUCGGGGCCAUCGAGGUGGUGAGCAAGCACCAGGAGAUGGCCACCUUUGACAACCAGGUCCGUUGGUGCUCCGCCGCCGCCGCCCCUCCUCCUAUGGAGGAAGGAAGGAACUCGAGGGAGUCAAGGGAAAGAGGGGUGGCACCAGCGUGGUGGUGGCUCGUGGUCGUGGUCGUGGUCGUGGUCGUGGUCGUGCUGCUGGUGGCCGUGGUUGUGGUGGUGUUUGCGGUGCUGAUGACGGCGGGGCUGGCGGUGCAGGUGGCGGGGCACAAGGGCAAGGACGCCAUGCUCAAGGAAGCCACCAACAUUCUGAAGCCCCUGGCGGCCCCCGAGUUCGAGUUCUACGAACAGGUGCGCAAGCUCCCCGACGAUGUCCAGAAAUUUUUCCCGGCCUACUUCGGCCGCCGCUCCAUGACGGAUCCCUCCGGCAAGAGCACGAGCCACUACAUCGUGCUGGAGGAUCUGACCAAGGGCCUGGACGCGGCGUGCGUGUGCGAUCUCAAAAUCGGGAGGCGCGGACACGAUGAGCAGGCCUCCACCAAGAAGGUGCUCCAGCAGAAGGCCCUCUGCGCCGUCACCACGUCCUCGUCCCUCGGCUUCCGCAUGUGCGGCAUGCGCUACUGGCGCAAGGAUGAAACGCUCGUGGUGCGUGACAAACCCUGGGGCGCCAAGCUUCGGGACUCUACCAUGCGCCCCGCGCUGGUCGAGUUUCUGGACAACGGAGAGAACAUCCGCUUCGAGGCCAUCGACGCGUGGCUGCCCAAGCUGCGUGCCAUCCUGAGCUGGUUCGAGAGCCAGACCAGCUUCCAUUUCUACUCGUCCUCGGUGCUGCUCAUCUACGACGCCAAGGGCUCCGAGACGGAUGUGCGUCUCGUGGACUUUGCGCACACGGAGGCCGCCUCCACCACGGAUGAGAACUACCUCUUCGGUCUCAAAACGCUGGUCGAGAUCAUGGAGGACAUCGUGCGCGAGGGGAGAACGACCACCCACGUCUACGAAAACCAAAGCCACACCAAGCCCUCCGCGUAG